CUGCCUCUGCAGCUUUAUUCCUCAUCUCCUUCAAUGGUGACUGAGUUCCUCCCGCCCGGGCUGCCAGCCAGAGCGAGAAGGCCUCACUAGGACGGGUUUCCAGGAGCUCCAUGGCAUCUCCCAGGACUAUCACCAUCAUCACCCUCUCCGUGGCCCUGGGGCUCUUCUUCAUCUUUAUGGGGACCAUCAAACUGACCCCUCGGCUCAGCAGAGAUGCUUACAAUGAGAUGAAACGAGCGUAUAAAAGCUACGUGCGGGCCCUCCCCAUGCUAAAGAAGAUGGGAAUCAGCUCCAUCCUUCUCCGCAAGAGCAUUGGUGCCCUAGAAGUAGUGUGUGGCAUUGUCAUGACACUGGUGCCUGGUCGCCCCAAAGACGUGGCAAACUUUCUCCUCCUCCUCCUUGUGCUGGCCGUGCUAUUUUUCCACCAGCUAGUGGGGGAUCCACUCAAGCGUUAUGCUCAUGCCUUAGUCUUUGGGAUCCUGCUUACGUGUCGUCUGCUCAUUGCCCGCCAGCCUGAGGAGCAGCCACCAGAAAAGAGGAUCCUCUCAGUGAACGGGGAUGAGCAGCCACUCAUCCAAGAAGCAGCUUCUGAGAAAGGCAAAAUGAAGGUAUCCUAGUUGAGUGCAUGUGAAAAACACAGACCCUCGAGGCAGCUCUCUCCAAAAUCACUCAGAAUUUUUUUUUUUUUAUUUACCUAUUU